UCUAUUUUUAUACUCAUUGGUAAAGAAUCGUACGGAAAGUAAUCCAUAGACAUCCAUAACUGUUAAAUAAAUAGAACUUGAAGUUUUUAUAACCUUAUCGUGAAUACACAUUUAUUAGCUUUAAUGUCAAGCGAUAUUCAAAAUCUGACAGCAGGACUCGCUGCUCGAAAUCAAGUUACCGACCCAUUUGCUGAUUCUGAGGACAGCGAUGUUACGAGUGGAUCCAGUAUUCAAGAUCCCGUCCAUAUCCGUAUUCAGCAACGGAAUGGUCGCAAAAUGUUGACCACUGUCCAGGGCAUCAACCCGAAAUACGACUUCAGGAAGAUCGUAAAACAUGCCAAGAAGGAGUUUGCGUGUAACGGCACGGUAGUGGAGCACCCAGAGUAUGGUGAGGUGAUCCAGCUGCAGGGAGACCAGCGACAACUGAUCAGCAACUUCCUCAUCACCACUGGCAUCGUCAACAAGGAGCAGGUCAAAGUUCAUGGUUUCUAACUUUAUAACACUGAUGGGAAGAAAAGGAGUUUCAAAACUUGCUGAUAAAUUCUGUGUAGACUUCAUGUUAGAUGUUAACUUGUCACGAGUCCUGGUGCCGUUUUUAUUGUACAUUCUGUCUUUCAAAAGUCUAUCCUGAUCUGUCACAUGGUUUGAAUGUAUAAAUACAUUGUGUACAUAUUUAUUUUGUCAUUUUGCAUAUUUUAACUUAAGUAAAUCAAUGCAGUAAUGAUUUUCACUUUUAAUGGAAAUUUGAUUUUGGUGUACAUUUCAAAAGAUUAAAUGUGAAGGUCGUAGAUUUUUUGAAAAGUAGCAAUUUAUUUCGUCAUCCUUUUAUUUAUGUAUUAAUUCAGUAAUAAAUGACUAUAUUCACAUCUAAA